UUGGAGUCGGAACUCUUCCAGGUUCUGUUUCUUUAAGGCCCGGACCGUUUCGGCUGUGAUUCGGCUGUGAUUCGGUUGCCGGUUGCCACCCCGCGGCGCCCGCUCAGUGGUCGGAACCGGGUCCCAGUGGUCGGAACCGGGUCCCGGAGCCCGGCUCUCUGCGUGCGGUUGGGCCGCGUGUCGGUGACCUAAUGAGGGGGAGGCUUUUGUUUGGCCCCCGCUGCAGGCUGCGCUUCCCCCGGAGGAUGCCACGACGAGCUGCGGCUCCUCCUGCACGGACAGCGCAGAGACCCACAGAAUCACGAUAUUGACAUGAAGAAAGACAUCAAGACUCUAAUAGCAGAGGAACGGGCCGACAUCAUCCUAAAAUAUGCUACGGGCAGGCAGGGCGGCGUGGAGAUCGACCCCUGGGAAGAUGCUGAUUACAGCGUCUAUAAAGCCAUCGACCGCUUCGGCUUCAUGCAUGAGAAUGAGCUGCCGGCCCCAACAGUUCAAGAGGAGAAGCGGAAGCAGCUGGAGGUCGAGAGAGCAGAGAAAUGGCUGAAGAUGGUGAAUAAAUGGGACAAAUACAAGAACAGUGACAAGAUGGUGAAGCGGGUCUAUAAGGGCAUUCCCCUGCAGCUCCGGGGCCGGGCCUGGACCCUGCUGCUGGACGUGGAGCACCAGAGGGAGAACCUGGGAAAAUACGAGAAAAUGAAGGAGCAAUACAGACUCUGUUCCUCUGAGAUCAAGCAGAUCGACCUGGACAUCAACAGAACCUUUCGGAACCACAUCAUGUUCAUGGACCGCUUCGGGGUCAAGCAGCAGUCGCUCUUCCACGUCCUCUCUGCAUAUUCAGUUUAUAACACUGAGGUGAGCUACUGCCAGGGCAUGAGUCAGAUCGCCGCCCUGCUGCUGAUGUACAUGAACGAGGAAGACGCCUUCUGGGCGCUGGCGCAGCUGCUGACCAACGAUCGGCACGCCAUGCAUGGCUUCUUUGUUCCUGGAUUCCCCAAACUUCACCGGUUCCAGGCUCAUCAUGACCAGAUCCUGUCCAAACUCCUCCCCAAGCUGAAGAAGCACAUGGACCGGGAGCAGAUGUCUGCAGGGAUCUACUGCACCAAAUGGUUCAUGCAGUGCUUCAUCGACCGGACGCCGUUCACCCUGACCCUCCGGCUGUGGGACAUCUUCAUCCUGGAGGGACAGCGGCUCCUCACCGCCAUGUCCUACACCAUCCUGAAGAUACACAAGAAGCGGCUGCUGAAGAUGUCUCUGGAGGAGCUGCGAGAGUUUCUUCAGGAACGAAUCGCCCAGACGUUCUUCCACAGCGACGACCUGAUCAUCGAGCAGCUGCAGGUCUCCAUGUUGGAGCUGAGGAAGAUGAAGCUGGACCUUCCUCCUCCAGGGAAACCCGAGGAGCUGCCUCAGAAGCCUCUGGGCCAGGAGCUGCCGGUCCUGCUCGGCCCGGUCCAGCCGUCCUCAGCCACUGGGUUCCACAGAGCCGGCCUGAGUCUCCACAUCAUGUCCCAUCAGCCGGACUCCAUUUCCCCAGACCAGAGCCCCUCCAAGGACCCCAGGGAUCUGGACGUGGUGGAGGAGCAGGAGGCCCCGCUGCCCUCUCCUGACCCCAUCAUCAUCCACAGCCAGGUGCCUCACACCUGA